AUGUCUGACUUUAGUUCUGAAUGUGAUGAAAGUAAUGUAUCGGCCAUUGUUACUUCCGUACCACAAACGGUCGAACCGAAUUACCAAGCUAAAACAAAUUAUCCUGCUAGAGGCAAAAGAGGCGGCUAUAGCACUAGAAUUUUUAGAAGAACACGUGGCGGAGGUUACCGGCAAAGUACUGGUCAGCAUGAUUACGAUAAUAACAAAGUUAUACAUAUUCCUUCAACAAAAGUCGGAAGAGUGAUAGGUCGUGGAGGAUUAAUAAUUCGAAAUUUGCAAUAUCAAACAGAAACAAAAAUAAUAAUUGGCUGUACAGAAGGAGACAAAACAAGUAUUACACUUCUUGGCUCUGAUUCUGCCAUUUCACAAGUAGAAGAAAUUAUUAAAGAUCUUACUACAGAACCAUCACCAAAUGUUGAGGAAAAUCAUAGUAAUGAAUAA